AGUCCAUGCCGCGGCGCCGGGGAGGUGGUGCCGGCACGCUCCGCCAGCCGACAGCCACCGCUCGAGUCUGGACUGCAGUGGCCAGCAGCGCAGUGCUGAGCGGCGCGGCGCCCGUGUCAGUGUGAGCCGCACCGACCGGGCGCGGCCAGACGCAGCGGCGGCCGGGCGCCCGUUCAAACUGGGCGCCAUACCGACCGACCGGUCUGAGCCGCCCCCGCCCCCGCCCGACUGCCGCUGACCAGUGACUAACGUUCCGCGAACUGGGCCGGCCGCGGCGGCGCGCAGCACGCCGGCCGGCACGUGCGGGCACGCCGGUGAGCUAUCAGUGCUGCGGGCCGGGCUAUCGGCCGGCGGCCGGCGGCGGCGGCGCGGGGGCGCGGGGUCGGCCGCAGUCGGCCCGACCGCGGUGACGGGAGAGCAGCACCGGCGGCGGCGAGCACGGCACCAGCGGGGCUGCCCAGUGAGCCGACACCAUGGAGCGCGCCCUGCACGCACGCGACCAGAUCGGCGUGGAGGACUUUGUCUUGCUGGAGGACUACCGCAGCCAGGAGGCGUUCGUCGACAACCUGAGGAAGCGCUUCAACGCCGACCUCAUAUACACCUACAUCGGGCCGGUGCUGGUCUCCGUCAACCCCUACAAAGAACUCGGCAUCUACGGCGAAAAUCACGUCAAGGAGUACAAGGGAGAGGCCUACUAUGAACUGCCUCCCCAUAUCUACGCCGUGAUCAACGGAGCUCUGACGUCGCUGGUCGAGGAGACGCGCGACCAGUGCAUCCUGAUCUCAGGCGAGUCGGGCUCCGGAAAGACGGAGGCGUCCAAGAAGAUCCUGCAGUACAUCGGCGAGGUGUGCAGCAGGACCGGCGCCGAGGUGCGCAGCGUGCGCGACCGGCUCAUCCAGUCCAACCCGGUGCUGGAGGCGUUCGGAAACGCCCGCACCGUGCGCAACGACAACUCGAGCCGCUUCGGCAAGUACAUGGACGUCGAGUUCAACUUCAUGGGAGAGCCGACUGGCGGCCACAUUCGGAACUACUUGUUGGAGAAGUCGCGCGUGGUGUCGCAGGCGCCUGGGGAGUGCAACUUCCACGUGUUCCACCUGCUGCUGGCCGGCGCCUCGGACGAGCUGCUCAAGGAGCUGUGCCUGGAGCGGGACCCGAAGGCCUUCAACUACACCAAACAGUCUGGCCACGAGCGCGAUGGGAUGAACGACGCCGACCAGUACCACACGGUGGUGAACUCGAUGGACAUUGUGGGCUUCGGCAGCGGCGAGCAGCGUGACGUGCAAGCCAUCGUGGCGGCCAUCCUGCACCUGGGCAACGUGCACUUCCAGGACGUGGACGGCGUCUCGUGCAGCGUCGACAACGCCGAGACCACCCAGCGCCUGGCCAAGGUGCUGGGGAUCCCCGCCGACAGUAUGCAGCGGGCGCUCACCCACCGGACCAUCGAGGCCCAGGCGGACGUGGUUACCACCACCCUCGGCGUGGAACAAAGCGUGUACGCCCGAGACGCCCUGAGUAAAGCCGUGUACGACCGGCUGUUCACAUGGCUGGUGCGCCGGCUGAACAUGUCACUGGCCAGCCACGAUCAGGGCACGCGCCACAGUCUGCUCGGCAUCCUCGACAUCUACGGCUUCGAGGUGUUCAAGAGUAACUCGUUCGAGCAGUUCUGCAUCAACUACUGCAACGAGAAGCUGCAGCAGGUGUUCAUCGAGCUGACGCUCAAGUCGGAACAGGAGGAGUACCUGGCUGAGGGCAUCGCCUGGGUGCCCGUCGAGUACUUCAACAACAAGAUCAUCUGCGACAUGAUCGAGAUGAAGCACACCGGUAUCGUCUCGCUCCUGGACGAGGAGUGUUUGAGGCCCGGAGAAGCCAAUGAUAUGACGUUCCUCAACAAGAUGACGCAGGCUCUGCGCUCGCACGCUCACUUUGUGUCGCACGAGAGCGCCGACAACAAGGCGCGCAAGACCAUACGCCGCGACGAAUUUCGUCUGAAGCACUACGCUGGUGACGUCACCUACAAUGUGAAAACGUUCAUGGACAAAAACAACGACCUGCUGUACCGUGACCUGAAGGACGCCAUGGCUAAGAGUUCCAACAAGAUCGUCCAGGAUAUUUUCCCCGCCUCUGAGCUGCAGGGCAAGAAGAUGCCAGAGACGGUCAGCACCCAGUUCAAGAAGAGCCUGGACCAGCUGAUGACCAUCCUCAUGUCCAAGGAGCCCUCCUACGUGCGCUGCAUCAAGCCCAACGACGUCAAACAGUCGCACAAGCUGGACACGGAGGUCGUCAGCCACCAGGUCAAGUACCUGGGCCUGAUGGAGAACCUGCGCGUGCGCCGCGCCGGCUUUGCGUUCCGGCGGCCGUUCGAGCCGUUCCUGCGGCGCUACAAGUCUCUCUGUCCCGACACCUGGCCCCGAUACGACGGACCGGCGCGCGCCGGUGUACACACGCUGAUGAAACACCUCGGCUUCGGCGACGACGACUACAGCAUGGGCAAGACCAAGGUGUUUAUUCGCCUGCCAAAGACUAUUUUUGAAGUGGAGGAUCGGUUCCAGGCGCGGAAACACGAGCUCGUGACGCUGAUCACGAAGAUCUGGAGGGGUCGGCGGCAGCGGCUCCAGUACCAAAAGCAGCGCGAGUGCGCGAUCGUCGUUCAGAAGUACAUCCGCCGACACCUGGCCAUGAAAGACGCCGAAAAGCGCCGCUGGGCUGUCAGCGUGGUCAGACGGUUCGUCACCGGGUUCAUCACACGCAACGGUCCCGAGAACGACGUGAACCGGCGCUUCGUGCGCGUGGUGCGCCGCGAGUGGCUGAAGCGGCUGGCCGGCGCUCUGCCGCGCUCGGUGCUGGAGCGCACGUGGCCGCCGGCGCCGCCGCCUUGCCGCGAGGCCGACCGGCUGCUGCGUCCGCUGCACCUCCGGUGGCUGACGCGCCGCUACGUGCGACACCUGCCGCCAGACAGGAAGUACGCCCUCGAACAGAAGGUGCUGGCCGAGAAACUGUUCAAAGGCAGGAAGGCCGGCUACCCGAAGACGGUGGCAGAGCCGUUCCGCACCAGCCGGCUCUCCGCCGAGCACGAGCCGCUCCGGCCGGCCGUGCUCGCCGCUGUCACCAAGGUCGACUCGAGCGAGGUCAAGUAUGUGGCGCCGGUGACCAAGUACGAUCGGCACGGCUACAAGCCGCGCGCACGCUGGAUCGUGGCCACUAAGAGGGGCGUCUACGUACUGGACGUGCACGACAAGCCCAAGCUGAAGGACCGCUUCGCGCUGGAGAACGUGCAGCUGACGGUGACGGCAGAGAGUGACCAGCUGCUGCUGCUCAAGAAGGUGGCGCCCGACCAGAACGGCAAGGAAAAGGGAGACCUGAUCCUGAUCUGUCCGCACGUGAUUGAGCUGGUGACCAAGCUGGCCGAGAUCAGCGCAGAGAAGGUGCCCAUCGAGAUCGUCAGCGAGAGCAGCCUCACGCACAGUAUGAAGGGGGGCAAGGCGGGCACGAUCGACCUGGUGCGAAAUCCAGCGGCGGCCAUCCACAAGGACAAGACGGCCGGUCACCUAGUGGUGACUCACGGCUGAGGACAGUGCUGCAGCGCCGCGGAGUGAGCCGGCGCGGGGACCGGCGGCGGCGGACCCCGCCGCGCGUCCGGUGGUCGGCGGCCGACCCCGCCGCGAUUCAGUGCGCCAUGAAUUCGGCCUGUACUUAGCGAUUUAGAGGAAUACGGCAGCGGCCUUCGCUGGCCGGCUAUGGAACGGCCCGUGCGCAGAGGGCCGGACCAGUGUGCAGGAGCCGCGCAGACGGCCCGGCCGGACCAGUGUGCGCUCACUGCGGGGGCCGCGCAGACGGGGCGCGCCGGACCAGUGUGCGCUCACUGCGGGGGCCGCGCAGACGGCCCGGCCGGACCAGUGUGCGCUCACUGCGGGGGCCGCGCAGACGGCCCGGCCGGACCAGUGUGCGCUCACUGCGGGGGCCGCGCAGACGGCCCGGCCGGACCAGUGUGCGCUCACUGCGGGGAGCCGCGCAGACGGCCCGGCCGGACCAGUGUGCGCUCACUGUGUGGAGCCGCGCAGAGGGGCGCCGGUCGGCCCGGUGGCACUGGUGCGACGCCAGCGGCCCGACCCGCGGUCGUCGCAGAGUCACCGGGCCACCUCGGACCAUGUUUCCGCUAGAAGAGCUUCAGCGUAACUUGCAAUCAUUGUACUGAUGCAGGGGAGGUGUUUGUGAUUUGGUGCCAUGCCUUGUGACCACGAGGAGCUUUAUUGUGAUGUUUCCCGUCCUGACGUCAAAUAUACUUCUUAGUGCGGUGAGCUAGCGAGUGCUCAUUGUACUCCUUUGCGGAAAUGCGCUA